AUGUCGCCAGCCUUCUCCCCCGCAGCCAUCACGAACAAUAAGACCCCUUCAAUCUUCAAUGAAACGUUCAACCCUCUCCUACUUACCCAAUCCCUCGCCAUCCUCGAAGUCGUCCACAGCCUAAUCCGCCUCGUGCGCGCGCCCUUUGUCACAACCGCAAUGCAAGUCGCCAGUCGCCUGCUGUUAGUCUGGGGAAUCAUGGCACCCUUUGGCGGCGAGAUCGUCGGCAGCAGCAGCACCCAGCUCGGCGACUACGCGUACCUGGGCUGUGUCGCGGCUUGGGGAAUUACGGAGAUUAUUCGCUAUGGAUUCUUUGCGAUUACGCUUUCUGGGAACAGUGUGCCGAGCUGGUGGACUUGGUUGCGGUAUAACACUUUCUAUGUGCUGUAUCCGAUUGGUAUCUCGAGCGAGUGUACGCUUAUUUUCAAGGCUCUGGGACCGGCCGCGGAGAUUGAUCCGUUAUUCCGGUGGGCUUUGAUUGCUAUUCUGGCUAUUUAUGUGCCUGGCUCCUAUGUGCUUUAUACCCACAUGAUUGCGCAGCGCCGAAAGGUUCUUCGCGGAAAAAAGCGUACAGAUUAG